AUGAAUUUCCUCCAAGAUGUUCGCAAGCGACUACCCACAGCGCAAAAGCUGCCUUCAUACGAUGACCUGUCCAAGAGUGCUGAGAAGAUGACGCCGCGGUUAGCCUUCUUCCGCCGACGCAUACGCCUGAGAGAGAACUCGCGCAUCUCAAUACCUCUGGGCCUGGCCGGCAGGAUACUCAUGCCCGCUGGCGCACCCCCAUCCAUCAGGUACGCUAUUCUCAUUGCUCUGACCUCUUCCACUUGCCCUGACACGAUUCGUUACAGAAAAAUCAGCGAAAAGCACGACAAGGUCUUCGUCACCGGCUGUCAAGAUCCCGCCCUCGAGACAAACCAACCGCGCGCCAACGCCGCUUUCGUCGUCCUCGCCCGUAACAAGGAACUCGAAGGUGUUCUGCAGUCGCUCAAGUCGGUCGAGAGACACUUCAACAGAUGGUUCCACUACCCCUACGUCUUCCUGAACGACGGCGACUUCAACUCGACCUUCAAGGAUGAGGUGCGUAAGCACGUCAGCUCCAACGUUGAGUUCGGCAAGAUCGAUUCCAGCAUGUGGGGCUUCCCCGACUGGGUGGACCACAACGUGGCCAAGGAGGGCAUUAGAAAACAGGGUGAUGCUGCAAUCAUGUACGGUGGUAUGGAGAGUUACCACCACAUUUUCUUCUACAAGCACGAGCUCCUCCAGAAGUACGACUGGUACUGGCGUGUUGAGCCCGAGAUCAAGUACUUCUGCGAUAUUACCUACGAUCCUUUCGUCCACAUGGAGCGCAAUAACAAGACCUAUGGAUUCACGAUUGCAGUCAAAGAGCUCAAGGAGACGGUACCCAACAUCUUCAGAUACGCCUCGGCCUACAAGCGAGUCAACAACAUCACCUCGACUGGCCUCUGGGAGAUGUUCCUCGAGCCCAAGCCGGAGAAGCCAGCAGACGAGCUGCCCAAGGACGACCCCAAGUACAAGAAGCCUCUCCCCGAAGACAUCCUUCGCACAGAACCUGGCGCAGGCACCAUUCCUGAUGUAGAUCCCGAAUCCAUGGAGGGUGAAACCUACAACAUGUGCCAUUUCUGGAGUAACUUUGAGAUUGCCAGACUCGACUGGUUCAGAAGCAAGGAGUACGAGGACUUUUUCCAGAUGAUGGACCGCAGUGGAGGCUUCUGGAUGGAGAGAAUCCACUACUUCCGCGAUAUUGGCUACCGACACACAACCAUCGCACAUUGUCCAGCAAACGCAAAGGCCCGCCAGGAGCCUCGCCCGCCUUAUCUUGAGACAACAACCACGGACGAGAAGAAAAGAAUCGAGGAAGAUGCAUACUGGGAGGAGUGGGACGAAGAGAAGGAAAAUGGUGUCGGCUGCAGAUGCAGAUGUGAUCCCGAAGUGCCAGAAGUCGAGCUCAAAGAAGGCAGUUGUCUACCGAACUGGGUGGACGUGGCCGGAGGUUGGAUCACCCCAGGACCACCAGCAUGA